AUGGGUGCCAAGCAUCAGCAGGUUGUCUUGGCAAAAAGCAUAACGCGUGGCAUCUACCAACGAUUGUCGGAAUUGUCGGAAAAUGGGCGUCCUGCGUUUCUGAACAAGUGUCGCAGUCGACCAUUCAUAGCGAAGGGAGACGACGGCGGUUUGGGAGCAGUCAUGUUUAGACCAGAGGCAGCGACAAAGCUGGAAGCCGGUGUUGAGAUGUAG